CCUCGUGGAAGCUCCGGCGAGCCAGGGUCUGCCCGGCUGUCUCCCGGGCAACCUGGGAUACGGUUCUAGCCCUGUAAGCAACUGGAAAGCUGUGGGGUCUCCAGACUGAGCCUGCGCGCGCGGCAGGGUCGGGUUUCCUUGGUAACGAGGACCAGAUCCCUGGACCAAUCCUGGGAACAGCCUAGGAGCUUGGAGCGGAGCCUUGAGGCAAAGCGUCAAGCCUGCCGGCCCGUCUCCUUGGCAACCGGGCUAGCCAGCCGUGCUGGCUGGAGGCGGGCUCAGGCGCUCGGGGCGUGGUCUGCGUCGGGCAGGGCCGUCUCCUUGGCAACCGGGAUGGGCGGUUGGGGCGCAGCCUGAAAGCGGGUGCCUAGCUGGGGAGACGGGCUGGAGGCCGCGGGGCUGAGUUUCUUUGGCAAUCAGGGUUGGAUGGAGAGCCCUCGCAAAGCCAGAGGGAAGCCGUCACAUACUCAUCUCCAGAGUGUGAGGCCUGGAACGUCCAGCAGAGAGCCACAACCCACAUCCUAGAAGCAGAAGCACCAGGACACGGCUCCCCAAGAGCCCUAAGAAGCCGCCACUUUGUGCCCUCAAGACUCCAUUUGAAUGAAAUGCAACCCUCUGGAAAUGCUGUAGAAACUUACUAUAUACUGACUUCGGCUUACAGGGAAGGACUUCGGGCAUGGCUGAAUCCAGGACUUCUGAUGCCAUAGCAGGAUCUCAGGUUUGCCCAGGCUAGCCUGAAGUUCCCUCUGUGGCUGAGAAUGACCUUGACCUCCUUGACCCGCCCGAAAGGUGGAGUGGCAGGUGUGCUCCAACAUGCCUUCUGCUUGCCGACCGAGCUACUGAUGAUGUCGACUCUAGUCUGACUCACUCUGAACUCACAGCAAUCCUCCUGCUUCAGCUAGAAUGAGAGGCGGCGUGUGCUGGCUGCAGCAGGGCGGAGAGGCCACCUGCAGCCUGGUGUUGAAGACGGACGUCAGCCGCGAGGAGUGCUGUGCCUCCAGCGACAUCCACACCGCCUGGUCCAACUUCACUCACCCGGGCAACAAAAUCAGCCUGCUGGGCUUCCUGGGCCUCGUCCACUGCCUCCCCUGCAAAGAUUCCUGCGACGGAGUGGAGUGCGGCCCCGGCAAGGCGUGCCGCAUGGUGGGGGGCCGUCCACACUGCGAGUGCGCCCCCGACUGCGAGGGCCUUCCCGCGGGCUCGCAGGUCUGCGGCUCGGACGGCGCCACCUACCGGGACGAGUGCGAGCUGCGCGCCGCGCGCUGCCGCGGACACCCUGACCUGCGCGUCAUGUACCGAGGCCGCUGCCAAAAGUCCUGCGCUCACGUAGUCUGCCCGCGCCCGCAGUCGUGCCUGGUGGACCAGACUGGCAGCGCGCACUGCGUGGUGUGUCGCGCUGCGCCCUGUCCGGUGCCUUCCAGCCCCGGCCAGGAACUCUGCGGCAACAACAACGUUACCUAUGUCUCCUCCUGUCACCUGCGCCAGGCCACCUGCUUCCUGGGCCGCUCCAUUGGGGUGCGACACCCGGGCGUCUGCACAGGUUCCCCCAAAGUCCCGCCAGAGGAGGAAGAGAACUUCCUGUGAGCUGCAGCAGCUGGUGUUUGAGGCCGUCCCAAUUUUAUUUAUUGUCGCAGAAAAGAUUCUAAUUUAUGUCACGUGGACGUACCCCAAACCUGGCCGGGAACCACUGUGGGUCCCCUAGGAUCCUGAGCACGUAUCACAAAGGACCGAAGGAAGAUUUUGUAAGAGUUGGUAUGUGCCAUCACCAGGUACUGGGGUCAAGUCAGGACCCCAGACACCUGCUGCCCAGGGAGGGCAGCUUCGUGGAGACCCCUGCCUUGAACUCUCCGCCUGCUUUCUACGCUGGAGCUGAGUCUCAGGGCACAGUCGAUGGUAGCUGUGGCCUCAACUGCUGUUCACGCGGGGCCUCCCGGCCUCAGAUGUGGGGGGAGGGAGGCAGUCAGCAUCAGCCCAGAAACACUGGGUUCCUCCCUGUUUACUCCACUUAGAGUGGGACCCGUGGGAACCUGGCUGACUGGGUAGUCUGUGGUCACCCGAGUGCCUACUGUCCUGUUCUGGGGACACCAGAAUCAGGUCCCAGCCAGCCGCAUUCAUCACCAAGCCCGGCAACAGGCGGUGACAUCAGCCUGGUGCUGUUUGGGGCAUGACCCUUCACUCUGACAGCUGCCACUCAAAAUUACCCACAUGUGCCUUGAAGGAGACCAAAAAGAAUGGGGAGCUGUGGCUCAGUGGUUAGAGUGCUUUCCCAGCAUGCACAAAGCCCUGGGCUCCAUCUCCAGCCCCACAUGAACAGACAUGUCGGCAUACAUCUGCCAUCCCAGCACACAGGAGAUGGAGACAGGAGGAGGGUCAGGAGUUCAAGGCCAGCCUGGGUUACCUGAGACCUUAUCUCUAAAAAACUUAAAAAGGAAGACAAAAUGUCAGCUCACAAACAGAGGGCCAUAGGAGGGUGCACAGCCCCCCUUUGGGGGCAAAGAGUUCCCAGGUCUUCUCUACUGCCCCCCAUCCUCGGCUGUGCCUUUCCUGCGGUGUCCCCAAAAAGUGUCCUUAGCAGGCAGCCUGGGCAGCCUCUCCCACCCUGGGGUUCUGCCUCACCAAAGAAAUAAAGACGGUAAAAACCACCAUGGUGACCAGG